AUGCCCUACCACCCCGGCUUCAAAUGGGACCAGCAUGCUGGCUUAAAUUCUGCCUUCCAGUCCCGACCAAACGCCACAACUCUGACCUCUCUACGUCUCGAAAACAGCCUCAUUGACAGCAACACCCUUGCGGAGCUUCUCUCCGCCACUCCGAACCUUCAAUCCCUCUACUACGAAUUCAGCCCCCCCUUCAAAAGCUUGACUGUUAUUGAGAGGUGGCAGAACCCUGCUCCAGAGCCUUGGAGGUUCGAUUUCCAUGCACUAGCGCUUGCUUUGCACCAGGUGCCUACGCUUCAAGAGCUCUGUAUAACAAUUAAUUGGCAUGCCAAUUUCACCGGGCCGAGGGAGUCGAUGCUCGAAAUCUCUUCUGAGUUCUCGUCUCUGGCACCGUUGACGAGAUUGCGGAAAUUGGCCAUCCAGUAUGAAUUACUAUUGGGAACGGGGCCGUCCGUUCACUCGACUUGCUUGGAAUCGUUGCCGUGGAGUUUAGAAUCUUUGGCGAUUCUAUACUCGUUUGACACGGACCAUCAGCUGGGCGAGGACUGGAAGUUUGCAGAGUAUAUGGAUAAGAUAAGGCUGUUUUCAGAAAAUAGAGGGGAUGGGAAGUCAAAAUUAAAAGAGGUAUUGUUGGAGCCAAUAUUUGAAUUUAUAGACAGCGAUACGCCGGAUGAGGAUUUUGAAGAGGCAUUGGAAGGGUGGCAGUAUUUGGGGAAGCGCAAUCGGGUGCGAUGUGUCGAGGCGGACCCCUUUGAUUGGGAUGAUUGGAUUAGCUGA